UCUUGCUUUCGUUUGGAUAUGGCGUCGGGGGGUGGCAGUGAAGAGGCACAGCUAGCUCAGUGUCAAGCGUACGUCCAGCGACAUAACAUCCAACAACUGGUGAAGGAGGCGAUUGUCAGCUUGUGUAUCAACAAACCAGAAAAUCCGAUCUUGUUCCUCAAAGAACAUUUCGAAAAGCUCUACGAGCAGCGAUCUCAGGUGCCAGGAUGCUCCCCUGCAUGCUACCUAUGUUUUUCAAGCUGUGUGCAUCGUCUAUUGCAGGUGUCCAGUCCACGAGCCGAAGCUGCAGACGACGAUGAUACCAUCGAUGAACCACCCAAAUUACCGCAGGGUAAUCGGCGACGUCUCGGAGUUAGCGCCGAGGUGCCCGAUGAGAAGGAAGCGGCGAAUUACGAUAAGGUAGUCAUACCUAAAGACGAGGAAACUCGCAGGGCUUUGGAAGCAGCAAUGUGCAAGAACAUUCUUUUCUCGCAUCUUGAGGGAGACGAACAGAAAGCUAUAUUUGAUGCGAUGUUCCCGGUUGAAAAGAAGAAGGGUGAGACCAUCAUUGAACAAGGCGAAGAGGGCGAUAAUUUUUAUGUGAUUGAUUCUGGUGAAGUUGACGUAUUUGUGAAUGGCGAAUAUGCCGUUUCAAUCAAAGAAGGCGGUAGUUUUGGUGAACUGGCCCUGAUUUAUGGUACUCCACGAGCCGCAACAGUUAUUGCCAAGUCCGAUGUUGUGAAGUGUUGGGCAAUUGAUCGUAUUACCUAUCGACAGAUACUAAUGGGAUCGACAAUGCGCAAGAGAAAGCUCUAUGACGAAUUCCUUUCUAAAGUUCAGAUAUUGUCUGAUCUCGAUAAGUGGGAACGAGCGAAUGUAGCGGAUGCAUUGGAGCGGUGCGAUUUUGAACCAGGAACUCAUGUUGUCGAGCAGGGACAGCCCGGCGAUGAAUUCUUUAUAAUUGUUGAAGGACAGGCAGAUGUACUGCAAAAGCGCAGUGACGACGCGCCUUUCGAAAUCGUCGGACAUUUAACUUCUUCGGAUUAUUUCGGUGAAAUAGCGCUGCUGUUAGAUCGACCUCGAGCUGCAACAGUGGUCGCAAAAACGCCCCUGAAGUGUGUGAAAUUAGACCGAGCACGUUUUGAGCGUGUAAUGGGCCCAGUACGUGAAAUCCUGAAAAGAGAUGUGUCAAAUUACAAUUCAUAUGUCAAGCUUAUGACAUGA